UUCAUGGGACACCUAAACUCGGUGCACGGUAGCAUUCAGUUCACGACUGAGGAGGAAAAAGAGGGAAUGUUACCGUUCUUGGACGUGCUCGUGAGGCGUGAAACAGACGGCCGCCUGUCACACACGGUUUACCGUAAACCGACACACACGGACCGGUACCUACGAGCCGACUCACACCAUCAUCCCUCCCACCUUGCCUCUGUUCCCCGUACGUUAAUCAACCGGGCACUGAACCUGUGUGAUCCCCAGUACAUUGACGCGGAACUUAACCACCUUAGAGUAGUACUGGAAACAAAUGGGUACAACUGGCGUCAAUGUACUCGACUGGCGAGUUCAUCAUGUAAAAGACGACCGGCAGUUGCGGAGCGGACUCCAGCAUUCUUACCCUAUGUGAAAGGAGUAACCGACACCAUCGGACACCUGUUACGCCGAAGAUACAGCAUCAGGACGAUCUUCCGCCCACCCGGUCAAUUACGGAACUUAUUACGCUCGCCUAAGGAUAAGGAUCCACUGGCAGUUCCCGGGGUAUACAUGAUACCGUGCGACUGUGGCUCGAGUUACAUCGGGGAAACUCGCCGCAACAUCACAACCAGACUCAAAGAACACAUACGCAGUGUGAAGAACAGGGACACCCAUACAUCGGCAGUAGCCGAGCAUGCUUGUAGCGCGGGCACGGCUCACUUCCUUCGCUUCGACAAGGUCUCCGUACUAGCGAGGGAGAAAUACUUUGUACCGCGGAAAGUACGUGAGGCCAUCGAAAUAAGUCGCCAUCCCAACUUCAACAGAGACGGUGGCUGGGCAUUACCACCUGCCUGGAAGCCGAGUCUACAAUCUGCGUCAACCUACAAUGUUGCGGGUCUGGAGUGUGACACAGUGAGCGCGGUAUGUAACACCGUUUUUGCGCCGACCCGAGAAUCGAAUCUAACACCUGCGCAGCCGCCGGCGAACGAGUCUAACGAGCCAACAUCGUCGCGCGCGCCAGAUAGUGCGCGCGAUUCCAGACAGAGGGCGCGAUGGGCGCGAUCCUCGAAUCGCCAGUAGCAGCGCGACAAUCGCCGCGUCGUGUGUCGCGGAAUGCUGCUCAUGAAUAUGAGCCUCUAGCAUGGCUUGAAACUAGUCGAGUUCCUCGUCAAAACAUUACGUGAGUAAGCCAUAAUAAUUAAUUUAGUAUGUCUCACGAAA